AUGCGUACACCGGGAUGCGGCGUGCCCAAGAGCCUCCUUCCUAUCCUCCCCCACCUUCACCCUCCGAUCGUCACCCCAGUGGGAAAAAGAAGCAAAACUGGAGGUGCUUUUGUCUCGCCUGUUCCCCCACUGUGGCGGCUGCCCGCCCAGUUUGGUGAGGUGAAUAAAAAGAAAAAUCGUCAGCUUCGAAUCCAGGGCGAGCGGAUUCGAUUAUCACAACUAAACGAAAUAUGGUGUGCCUUGGUCCUCUCCUUGAGUCGAGCGCAGCCGACAGCCAUGGCAAGCGUCGUGCUUCUCGUCUCACUGCCCUACGUCCUGGCUGCUCGGUGUGGCGUGGACAGCUGCACCGACGCCGUCCUCGCAACGCUCGCCCAAGAUUUGACCGCCAACUACAAGGGCUUCUCAUCGUGCGAGUCUCGCAUCAACUGGGUGAAGAGCAACACCGGCCGGAAUGAGGAAAAGUCGUGCGAAAAGCCCUUGUGCGACUGGUCGACGCACGACUACAAGCUCGUGGGCACCGAGAUGUCGUGCGUAGCGCGCGACCCGAUGGGCGGUGAGUCGAGCGGUAUGUCCUCAAUGAGCAUGGGCUGUGGCAACAUGUCGUGCGCAUCGACCCUCGCUUUCCUCCACGAGAACAUGGUGAUGCACCACGGAAUGGCGAUCGAGUUUACAUGCGAUGUUGAGGUGGAUUUCGUUCGCGGCAUGAUCCCGCACCACGCAGGCGCAGUCAAGAUGUGCGACAUCCUGCGUGGCUCGGUGAGCGUGGAGACGGACUCCGACGGCUCUGGCAUGGGAAUGAUGCACUCGUCCGGGAGAAUGCUAAUGCCGGCCGCGAUCGACCCCUUCCUCGAGGGCCUCUGCUCUGACAUUGAGGAGACGCAGGCGCGUGAGAUUGCGGAGAUGGAGGCAUGGCUCGCGAGCCGCAGCUUGGGCGCGUACACGUCCUGUGGCGACAGCCACGGCGGCGGCAUGGAUGGCCACGACAUGGGCAGCGGCGAUAUGGACAUGGGCGGCGACAUGCCUGGCCACGACAUGGGCGGAGGCAGCAUGGGCGGCGACAUGCCUGGCCACGACAUGGGCGGAGGCAGCAUGGGCGGCGACAUGCCUGGCCACGACAUGGGCAGCGGCGAUAUGGACAUGGGCGGCGACAUGCCUGGCCACGACAUGGGCGGAGGCAGCAUGGGCGGCGAAAUGCCUGGCCACGGCAUGUGA